CUUAUUUUUCUUUCGCUCAGACUCCUCAUGCCCAAGCGACGCAGCGAAGACCCGGCCGAUGCAGAAGCCGCAACAGCCGCGCAUACGCUGAAAAAGACACGCGUUGCCGCUGCAGCAGACACGAACGGAGACAACGAGGGCAGCGCAGUGGCAGGGAACGAAGCGGCGACUGCGAUGGUUGUUGACGAUGGUCGCCACGAGGCGCCAGCCAAGUCCAAGGCCAAGGCAAAGCCCGCUGCGGCCACUGCGAACGGCGCUGCGACGACGAGCGCACCUGCAGCAUCUGCAUCGUCGGCGGCAGCUGCCACGAUGAGCCCUGCAAGGCUGGCCAAGUUGGCCAAGCGCGCGGCGCGGACGCGCACACCUGCUGCUGACAGUCCGACCGCCGCCGCCAAGUCUGCAGACAGCCAGACAGCCAAGCCAGCACAGCAGGCAACACAACAAAAGAAAAAGGCAAAGAAGCGCAAGAGCAAGCACAUCAAGGCCGCAGUCGCUGCCGCCGCUGCUGCCGCCGCUGCCAAGGGCGGAGCAGAUGGGGACGAUGCUGGUGGUGAGGCGACGACGCGGGAAGCCAUUCAGGCCGCAUCGAGCUACUUGAGUGAGUGGCGUGACUCGCCUGAGACCUGGAAGUUCAAGAAGGUGCGCCAAGUCUUCUUGCUGCAGCACGCGUACGACCCGCGUGUGAUUGACAAGACGCUGUUCAAGACAUUUGCAGACUAUAUCGACAAGCUCGAUGGUAGUGCACGGCAAACAACCCUCGAAGACGCCAAGAAGCGUGUUGAAACGCUUGAGAAGCAGGUGGCGGAAGAGUCUUCCUCGGAAGAAUCGUCCGACGAGGACUCUGACAGCGACGACGACGACGACGACAACAACAACAACAACAACAACAAGAAGAAGAGCGACGCAAAAGCCGACUCCGACGACGCAGACAGCGGGAGUGACAGUGGCAGUGACAGUGACAGUAGCAGUGACGAAAAGAAGGCAAAGAGCAAGCGCGACCAAGCUGCAAAGGAGCGCACCAAGGCUGCGAAAGAGAAGCGAGCUCAGAUCAAGCUGCUCCGCACCAUUGAGCUGUUCCGGGCCAAGAAGAUUGUUCGCGUUCUUGCUUAGAUUGUGCUUUCCAUCUGUUUCUUGCGUUAACCAAAAAGUAUUAUCCACACCGUCGAGAAUUGCACUUUGUCGUUCUGGCGCUUCCAAUCCUCCAAUCCUCCGUCUCUUACACUGUGAAAGAAAAAAAAACCACACACAAUCAAU